UACAGAGGGGCCGGAUGGGGGAAGGGCCCGAACUGUGCCUGCCUGGCGGAGACCGACAAACUUGCAUAUGGCUCUCUCCUUCGAUGGAUGACGGCUACUGGACCCGAAGGGAAAAGAGGAUCUUUCUCAGGACAGGAACGCAUUCGCUCUGGCCUACUAUGAUAUAACCACGGAAAAGGGGAAGUCGGGAGGACAAGUUGAACCGUCUGAAAUGCGGUCGCCGAGAUUGCGGCGAUACUCCCUGUUGUUCGCUCUUGUUGUGCUGCUCGCGUGUUCCCGUUGAAAUUUCAGACGGUAUCCCUGUCCAUCACUGGGUUAUGUAAAUUAAUCUGGAAGGAAAAGGACAACAAACGAGGGAAGUGGACAUGGCGGGAACCACAGGAUUCUUUUCCAACGGACCUGUGCCUUGGAUAGAGAAUGACACAGAGAUUAACAAUCUUUAUCGAGAUCUGGAGCUGGGAACAGUGUUGACACUUUUUUACUCAAAGAAGUCCCAGCGGCCAGAGAGGAGGACAUUUCAAGUCAAGUUGGAGACAAGGACAAUUAUAUGGACCCGGGGCACAGAUAAAAUCGAGGGGGAGAUUGACAUCAGAGAGAUCAAGGAGAUCCGCCCUGGACAGAAGUCCCGGGACUUUGAGCGCUAUGUGGAGGACUCUGCCGGUCGGCUAGACCAGGCACACUGCUUUGUCAUCUUGCAUGGCACAGAGUUUCGCCUGAAAGCCCUCAGUCUGGCAGCUACGUCUGAUGAGGAGAUGACCAUGUGGGUGAAGGGUCUGACCUGGUUGGUUGAAGACACACUCAAAUCCCCCACACCACUACAGAUAGAGAGGUGGUUACGAAAGCAGUUCUAUGCUGUGGACCGCAACCGUGAGGACAAGAUAUCCUGCAAGGAUGUGAAGAGCAUGCUGAGCCAGGUCAACUACAGGGUCCCAAAUAUGAGGUUCCUCCGAGAGAAACUUCCGGACUCUGAGCUGAGGAACGGGGAUGUGUCCUUCAGCCAGUUCGCCCAGCUCUACCGCAGUCUGAUGUUUGACGCUCAGAAGUCUAUGGAGAUUCCUUUUCUGCAGAGGUUCAUCAACAGACCAGACCAGAGAAUCUCUCUAGAAGACUUCAAGAGCUUUCUCUUGGACUCCCAAAAGGAGUUAUGGGCCUCGGACAAUAACAAGGUCCAGGAGUUCAUGUUUGGUUACCUGAAAGAUCCUCUGCGAGAGGUGGAGCAGCCCUACUUCCACCAAGAUGAGUUCCUGACCUACCUGUUCUCCAAGGAGAACACCAUCUGGGACUGCACCUUGGACCAGGUGUGUCCUGAGGACAUGAACAACCCUCUGUCCCACUACUGGAUCUCCUCCUCUCACAACACCUACCUGACAGGAGACCAAUUUUCCAGCGAGUCGUCUCUGGAGGCGUACUCGCGCUGUCUAAGGAUGGGCUGUCGCUGCAUCGAGUUGGACUGCUGGGACGGCCCGGAUGGAAUGCCAGUAAUCUAUCACGGGCACACUCUCACGACCAAGAUCAAGUUCUGUGAUGUCCUGACAACCAUCAAGGAACACGCCUUCGUCACGUCUGACUACCCCGUCAUCCUCUCCAUCGAGGACCACUGCAGCAUCGUGCAGCAGAGGAACAUGGCCACCUUCUUCAAGAAGGUGUUCGGAGACAUGCUGCUCACCAAGGCUGUGGACAUCUCGGCCGACGGCCUGCCCUCGCCCAGUCAGCUCCGCAGGAAGAUCCUCAUCAAGCAUAAGAAGCUGGCGGAGGGCAGUGCCUAUGAGGAGGUGUCCACCUCCACCCCCUACUCUGAGAACGACAUCAGCAACUCCAUCAAGAACGGCAUCCUGUUCCUGGAAGACCCCAUCAACCAUGAGUGGUAUCCCCACUUCUUCGUCCUCACCAGCAGUAAGAUCUACUACUCCGAGGAGACCUCCAGUAACCAGGGCAACGACGACGAGGAGGAGCACCGCGAGGUGUCUAACGGGAUGGACCAGCACGUGACGGAGAAGUGGUUCCACGGGAAGCUGGGGGCGGGGCGCGACGGGCGCCAGAUAGCGGAGCGUCUGCUGUCGGAGUACUGCCUGGAGACGGGCGCCCCCGACGGCUCCUUCCUGGUCCGAGAGAGCGAGACCUUCGUGGGAGACUACACGCUCUCCUUCUGGCGUUCGGGCCGGGUGCAGCACUGUCGCAUCCACUCCCGCCAGGAGGCGGGCAGCCCCAAGUUCUACCUGACGGACAACCUGGUGUUCGACACUCUCUUCGCCCUCAUCAACCACUACCAGCAGGUGGCGCUGCGCUGCAAUGAGUUUGAGAUGAAGCUGACGGAGCCAGUACCUCAGACCAACGCCCACGAGAGCAAAGAGUGGUACCAUGCCAACCUGUCUCGGAGCCACGCCGAGAACAUGCUGAUGAGGGUACCACGCGACGGAGCCUUCCUGGUAAGGAAGAGGACGGAGUGCAACUCCUUCGCCAUCUCCUUCAGGGCGGAGGGCAAGAUCAAGCACUGUCGCGUGCAGCAGGAGGGCCAGGCGGUGGUCCUGGGCACGUCGGAGUUCGACAGCCUGGUGGACCUCAUCAGCUACUUUGAGAAGCACCCGCUGUACCGCAAGAUGAAGCUGCGCUACCCCAUCAACGAGGAGACUCUGGAGAAGAUAGGCACCGCUGAACCGGACUACGGCUCGCUGUACGAGGGCCGCAACCCAGGCUUCUACGUGGAAGCCAAUCAGAUGCCAACGUUCAAGUGCACGGUGAAGGCCAUGUACGAGUACAAGGCCCAGAGGGACGACGAGCUGUCCUUCACCAAGAACGCCGUCAUCCAGAACGUGGACAAGCAGGAGGGCGGCUGGUGGAAGGGCGACUGCGGAGGCAAGAAGCAGCUGUGGUUCCCCGCCAACUACGUGGAGGAGAUCAGCCCCUCGGCCGUGGAGCCCGACAGAUCACAGCUGACGGAGAAUAGCCCUCUGGGAGACCUGCUGAGAGGAAGUGUAGACGUGUCUUCCUGUCAGAUCGUGGUGAGGCCCGACGGGAAGGGCAGCCGGCCCCACGUGUUCUCCCUUCUGCCCGCCACCUCGCCCCGGGCCAGCCAGGUGCUGGACAUCGCCGCCAGCACCCAGGAGGAGCUCAAGGAGUGGGUCAACAAGAUCCGCGAGGUCACCGUGACCUCCGAGGCCAAGAUGGAGGAGGGGAAGAUGAUGGAGAGGAGGAAGAAGAUCGCUCUGGAGCUGUCUGACCUGGUCAUCUACUGCAGGCCCGUGCCCUUCGACGAGGACAAGAUCGGGACCGACCGGGCCUGUUACCGGGACAUGUCGUCCUUCCCGGAGACCAAGGCGGAGAAGUACGUGAACCGCAUCAAGGGGAAGAAGUUCCUGCAGUACAACCGCCUCCAGCUGUCCCGGAUCUACCCCCGCGGGCAGCGCCUCGACUCCUCCAACUACGACCCCCUGCCCAUGUGGCUCUGCGGGUCCCAGCUGGUCGCCCUCAACUUCCAGACCGCCGACAAGCCCAUGCAGAUGAACCAGGCUCUGUUCAUGCUGAACGGCAGGAGUGGCUACGUGCUCCAGCCACCAAUCAUGAGGGACGACACCUUCGACCCCUUCGACAGACAGACCCUCCGAGGUCUGGAGCCAAUCACCCUCCAGAUAGAGGUGCUGGGCGCCAGGCACCUGCCCAAGCACGGGCGUGGCAUCGUGUGCCCGCUGAUUGAGAUCGAGGCGUGCGGAGCGGAGUACGACAGCGCCAAGCAGAAGACCGACUCGGAAGCUGAUAACGGUUUGAACCCCACCUGGCCAACCAAGCCGUUCCGUUUCACCGUGUGCAACUCGGCCUUCGCCUUCCUGCGCUUCGUGGUGUACGAGAUCGACAUGUUCAGCGAUCAGAACUUCCUGGCCCAGGCCACCUUCCCCAUCAACGGCCUCAAGACCGGGUACCGCUCGGUCCCUCUGAAGAACAGCUACAACGAGGACCUUGAGCUGGCAUCUCUGCUGGUGCACAUGGACGUCACCAGAGGCAGGGACGAGAACGGGGAGGUGUCGAGCCCCUUCCUGGGCGCGGGGGCGUCCCCGGUGGCGCUGGCGGCCCAGACGGGGCGCGAGCGCGGGGGGGAGACGGGCUCCACAUCCUCGGUGUCCUCCUCGUCCCCCGUGGCCCAGUCCCCGGCCCAGGCCUCCUCCUACCGGCCCAGGGAGGGCUCGUUUGAGGCCCGCUACCAGACCACCAUGGACGACUUCAGGGUCUCCCAGGAGGCACUGCUGGACCACGUGGACCCACAGAGCAGAAGGAUGCUGCGCAGGACCAGAGUGGGCGGGGAGAACCGUGUGUAGGCUCGGACCAAUCAGGGCGCAGCUCGUGCCCCCCUCCCCGCACCCCUAGCCCCCACCCCCCAGCCCCUCGCCCAGCUUCUCCCCGUACCGAUGAUGUCACUGACUGCUGUGAACACUGUUUCCAUGGAAACGCCCACCACCGCUUUGGCCUACAUUUCAGGCAGCUCUCCCUCCCUUUCACCCUCUACUCUUUCCACUCACGUUUUUUUGUUUUGUUAUGUUUGUUUUUGACCUCCCCCCCCCCCCUCCCCCCCAAUGAGACUGGGGGUGUCAAAGAUAGGGAGGGGGGGGUGGUGGUGGCAGGAAGCUGUCAGCGGGGGACAGGAAAGAGAAACAGACAAAAACAACAAGAGAACAAAAACACGGUGAAGAAGUAGUUCUUGUCCUGGGUUUUUGUGAGGGGAAGAGGGGGGGAGGGAGGGGGGGGGCUCAUGGUUGUGUUCGAACCAGGCAAAACAGCUUGGUUGCAGAGGUGGAGAGAGGACAGAUGGAUAGAUGUCCUUUUGAAACGGCUCCCAAGUUUAGGUUCAGUUUCUUUUCUUCUCUCUGACCUAUACAAGUAUAUAUAUAUUUAUUCAUGCUGUGCUGUUGGCCAGGUAACGGCAGCAGCCAACCUGCUCUCAAAGAGCUCCCGUCUCCAUGUUUUUAAUUAUUAUUAUUUAAACUUUUCAACAUUCAUAAUGUGAUUUUUUUUUUUGUAUUUGUGUGUAUGUGUAAAACACGAGGGCUCUCUAUGGCUAUUUUAAUGUCUCUCCUCCACUCUGGAGUAUCUCAAGCCUGACACACACACACCCUUUGUCGUUUUAGUCCUGUUAAAAGCAUCUGGAAGAAUCCGCUGCCUGUUUGUGUUGGACGCAGUUCUACAGGGAGACAUGGGGGGCCAAGCCGUGUGUGUGUACAUGCACACUUUAAUAUUUUUUUUGUGAUUUCCUUUCCUGUCAGGUGACACGUGACACUUCCAGACUGACCUUAAACACUCUCCUAACACCAUGUCUGCCGGGUUAGAAUGCCAUAGUAGGAUAAACACAGAUCCCAGAUAAGCGUGUGUGUGUGUAUGCAGCAAGCUGAAGGUUAGCAUUAGAGAUGCUACAUCAACAGCAGGUUGGGGGAGAGGUCAGACUACUACUUUGCAUUGAUCCCAAUGUGUGUUUUGAAGCAGCAGCAGCUAGCUUUGAGAAGGCAUUCCUCAACUUCAAGAAUGGAAGUGUGUUUUUCUAUGUUAUGGAUACACCUGUAGGCGCUGCCUUUGAGCUAAUAGCGUUUCUGUCAAAGUCUUAAAUCCAAACCAUGCCUUUUCAGUCACUGUCCAGUCCUAACCCUGGCCAAAGCCAUAUGAUUAUGAUGACGACUAUACCAUUAUGUUUUGAAUCAUGGCUGUUGGGGGAAAGCAUUGACAGGUUUCUGGGCAAAUGCCUAAUACUAAACAAUAAGUAUGUCUGCGAUCUGUUCCAUGCAAACGCCUUGCAGCUUCUGGUGUUUCUCAGUGUUGUGGAUGUCGUAACGGAACAGUCUGAAGUGUCGUGAGUGAAGGGGGGCGGACUGGAGAACCAAAUCAAGUGCACCAUUUCUUAUUAACAACAAGGACCAAAUGCAACGACUAGCAUUAGCUGAACCCCAGCAUCGCACCUGGUAGUUAAUACAAGCCUCUAAAUGUGUGGUUGGGUUACUGCUUGUCAACAACGUGGUAAUGGAGAUUUGUUUAUCUAGCUGGUUGCCUAGGGGACCCCAGAGCUGGUAGGGAGUGGGGGGAGAUGAGAUGACGUGAGCAAGAGAGAGUAGUGGACAGGAAUAAGAUGGUGUUUUCAGUAAUGGACCCAGAACAGUGUUUCUUUUUUAAGUGUUUGCGCGCGCGUGUAUUUGGGCUUUGUAACUGCCAUCUGUCGUAGAAUGGGGCACAAUUUGCUCCUUUAGUAGCAGUAAACAACCUAAUAUGUAAUCAGUAUUCAGUAUGUUUUUACAAUGGAGGGACAGUCUUUUACAAGCCAUAUGGAUAUAGACCGUUGCGUGGAAUGCAGGAUUUGGACUGGAAUAUAUACUUCAGGGGUCAAAUUCUAAUGUCUUACAUGAGUUUGUCGACACCAUGUUAAAAGUAGCCGCAAUGUUUCUUUCUUGUUUGGACCGUUUUUUCGCUCCUGGUUAAGGAAUAGUAUGCGUAUUGAGUUGUCAUUAUGUUUCGUUAAGUCCUUCUCCACCGCGCACAGUGACCGUCUUGCGUCCAUGUGCCUCUCUGUGUGGACAAACACAUGGCCGCAGACGACACCUUUAAGUUUUUUGUGCUCAUGUCACAAUUUUGUUACUGACGAUCUCAUUUACAAACAGCGCCUUUCUGUCAUGUGCCUAAGCUAUGGGGAAAAAGUAUUCAUUUUUAAUUUUGCCUUUCAUAUGAAACAUAUUCAAGCCUGAGAAUUAAAUAAAGUACUUAUUCAACUAC